GCAUUUGCCCUCUGCCUCUCACAUACACACACACACACACGCACACGGAGCUGCCGCAAAGCCCCGUCCUUCAGGGCUUUUAAAGCGCCGUGUUUGCUUCAAGCUCCAACAAUACCGUCCAACAGAAGAGCCGCAACGCUGAACGCACUGACCCGGCGGUCACCGUGGCAAGACCGCCGACGGGCAUAAACCGCGAGGAGGACAGCAACCGGAUCGUCAAACUGUAAAAUAAAUAAAUAAAUACAGGUUUGCUGGUCAAAUAGUUUAACCCCUAGUCUGCCGUGACGUUUUUGGCGAGUGUGAAGGCAGUCGAGACGGGAGGUGCGUCUCGGUGAAAUGUAAGCGGACUCGGGACGGUGACCGUUAUUUCGUUCUUUUCAAUGUGGAUGGGACUGCAAGCGACUCGCUCGGUGCAGCUAGCUUGGUCCGGCCGCGUUGAUGCAGCAACGCACGGCUGUCGUGCUCAAAUCUACCGCCGGAUCUGGGAAGACAAUAGGUGAACUACACGCCGGUCUGGACUACACUCAACGAGAGUCUGCAUCCGCUUGGGCUUCACUAGUGUCCCUGUGAAGAAUCAGGUUAUAGAGUGAAGUGAGAGCCGGCAGGCAGCUGCAUCAGGAUGGCGGCCGUAGUGAAUUAUUCUCCACCUUGGUGGGUGAAUCUGCUCCACCGGCUGCCUCAUUUCAACAUCGAGUUUCAAAUGGUGAGCAGCGACUUCAGGCCAGAGGACUCUGAGUACCAGAAGUCUAUUUUGCUCCUCGGUGCUGUGGCGCUGGUGUGUUUGGGCCUGGACCUUCUUUUCCUCCUCUUCUACUCUUUCUGGCUUUGCUGCCGGCGACGCAAGAGUGACGAAUCCUCACACUCCCAUAUGCACUCCCAGCAGCCUAGCGCCGACUGCUGCUGCACCGCUUGGUGCGUCAUCAUUGCCACACUCGUCUGCAGUGCUGGCAUAGCUGUAGGAUUCUAUGGAAACGGGGAGUCAAGUGAUGGAGCCACUCGUUUGGCGUACUCCUUCCGUCAUGCCAACCGCACCGUGUCUGGAGUGGAGAAACUGGUGUCAGACAGCGCCCUAGCCUUAAACCAGACUGUGGAGGAGAACUUGGUCCAGUUAGAGACAGCCUUCCAGGAUCAGACAGAUUAUGUGUCCAUUGUCCAGAAGCUCCAGGGACAGCUGGAUGAGCUGGUGAGGCUGAUGGUCGAUGUUCCGUUCUGGUCCAAUACUGAGAUCUCCCUGGAGGACUUGGCCCGCAAAACUGAGGCCUUUGACUUUUACAGGUGGUUGGGGUACCUCGGCUUGCUGCUAUUUGACGUUCUCAUUUGUCUUCUGGUGCUGUUUGGCCUGAUACGCAACUCUAGAGGAACUCUCAUUGGAGUGUGUCUGCUGGGAGUUCUGACUUUGAUCAUCAGCUGGGGAUCGCUGGGCCUGGAGCUGGCUGUUGCUGCUUCAGCCAGCGACUUCUGCGUCUCCCCUGAUGCGUACAUCACCAGGGUGACCAAGGAAAACGCUGUCAUUAACCAAGAUAUCCUGCAGUAUUACCUGAGCUGCAGCUCUGGACAGAUUAACCCCUUUCAGCAGAGGCUGUCGGGGAGUCACAAAGCAUUGGUGGAGAUGCAGGAUGAUGUGGCAGAGUUACUGAGAUCAGCAACACGUGAUUUUGCCAGCACCAAGGGGAGUCUCGAGCAAAUCCAGUCUGUGCUGAAUUCCACUGAAGUCGGCCUGCACCAGCUGACUGCUCUUGUUGACUGUCGCAGCCUACACAUGGACUAUGUCCAAGCACUGACUGGCCUGUGUUAUGACGGCGUGGAGGGUCUCAUCUACUUGGUUCUCUUCUCCUUUGUCACCGCUCUGAUGUUCUCCUCUAUUGUGUGCAGCGUGCCACACACCUGGCCGGGCAAGAGGAUGGAUGAGGAAGACGGAGAGGACGAGUCGGGUGCCUCACGCGGCGGUGUGCACGAUAACCUGUACCGCGUUCACAUGCCCAGUCUCUACAGCUGUGGCUCCAGCUACGGUAGCGAAGCUAGCCUGCCCGCUACAGCCCACACUGUCAGCAAUGCCCCCGUCACUGAAUACAUGAGCCAGAACGCAAACUUUCAGAACCCUCGGUGUGAGAACACCCCCCUGAUUGGCAGGGAGUCCCCUCCACCCUCUUACACCUCCAGUAUGAGAGCGAAGUACCUGGCGACCAACCGACCAGACCAGAAUCGACGCUCCGUUCCCAAUGACCAACUGGAUCCCGCUAGCCGGCCUCACCCUGCUGCCAGACCACAGUCCUCAGUCCACUAGAAAGCACUUCAGCCACAGUACUGCCUGAAUCCAGUUCUCACAGCCAACAGCAAGAUCCAACUCAGUACUCAACACCAGAACUGUGUGCUUUUAAGCACCGACAGGAGUCCAGUUUGUGGAGGUCCACUGAAUCUAACACUGACCGGUUCAUCAGAAAUAACACAACUCAUCAACCAGGUAUCACAGCACAUGACUGCACUUUGAAGCUCAACUUCUACUUCUUACCUACACAAACCAAAAUAACCAAAAAGGCAGAUAGAAGAAAAGUACUUCCGCUUCUCUUCUUUAUGGACGCACACCCCCAAGCUGCUCGAUCCACCUCUGCUGCGAUGGAUCAGCCCUCAUAACCACAAUGCACGGCCACAAAAGCGCCUCUCUGCAGUUUGUUCUUCUUCUCCACUGGCAUCUGUACACUGCCGUCCAGUGAAGGCAUCCACGCCACUCUCAGCAUUCAACCCCCCCGACACGCUCACACACAGACAAGCACACACACACGCACACAUGCGUACUGUACAGAGUUGUAAAUAGUGACCAUGUGCUUUAUUCUGAUUUCAUGAAAAGUAGACUAUUGAAUCCUUACUGGUAAUGUGGUGUGCUGUGUGUUUAUCAUGGAAAUUGUUGCUGUAUCUCUCAUGCACACAAACACACACACACACACACAGACACACACGUGCAUACACACAGAUAGGCAGAUAGUCUAACCAAACACUCAUUUGUGUAAAUAAUAAGCCAGUGAAUCAGAAAGCCAUGCUUAGAUGAACUGCACCACUGCAUCCACAUUCUCUCUUUAGCUUAACAUCGUCGUCUAAGACUUGAAUUGUGAACUAAAAAAACAAACAAAGUGUGCCCACGUCUCCAUACUUGUUAACGUGCGCAUAUGUUUCAUUUAUGAGCCAGUAACCCUGUUGUGAAAUAACUGCUUUGAACUUUGGGAAAUGGAGUUUGAGACAGAGGACAUACGAAGGCUCAACCUGUGCCAAAAAACUGAAUAAUUAAAUGAGGGAUGCCUGAUUCUGCCCUCAUUUCCUACUGCCUCCGGACGUCUCGAGAAGUG